AUGAAAUACACUUUCUUUACUCUUAUCAUUGGUAUAGUCUCGGGCCUAGCGCUUAGCUCAGCUUGGAUGCCGGUUAUCGAAGGAGGCAAGAAGAACAAUUGUCAACUGGGUCAACCCUGUGUUAGUAGUGAUGACUGCGCUACACCUGGCUGUGCAGAAAAUGAUAAUGGAAGCCCUUAUACAACCUUCAGAGUUGGCUUUACUGAAUGUAUUUAUAAACCAUCAAUAGUCAUUCAUAAAAAUGCUGCUGGAUCAUCCAAUUGUGUCGUAAAAACUGGAGAAGUAUGGGCUAACAAUAGCAGUUCAACUUAUCCGUUUGGUCCUUAUCCUCCAAAAUCAGCAAAAACUUACGAAGAACAUUCUUUGGACCCUGCUCUUUUUAAUGAUCCUUCAAUGAAAUUAACUCCUGCUACAACUCCUGCUGCUACCACAACUGCUACUCCAGCGAACUAUUAUGGCCAAUCCCCAAUCGGUUUAGCUCAACAUGAACCUGUUAAUUAUGCAAUGGAUAAACCACAAACAUUAUCUCCAAAUGUACCCUCCCCUCAAGAUAUGAUGACUACUUUUAAUUCAAAAACUAUUUCAUCAACUCCUAAAAGAUAUAAAUGUGAAGUUUGUCAAAAGAGAUUCACGAGACCAAGUUCUCUACAAACUCAUAUGUAUAGUCAUACUGGUGAAAAACUGGAUGGAUGUGGACGUCAUUUUUCUGUUGUCAGUAAUCUUCGUCGUCACCAAAAGAUUCAUGGAAAUAAUAAUAAUGAUGGUGAUUCAUCACCAAAUGUGACCAAUGUGACACCUUCCACAAUUUAA